AUGGCAAUCGAGGCAAAGGAUGCUACGCAGGUUGCAGCAGAUCCAAAAGGAUCUCAGCGAACUCUAGAUACGAACCUAUCUGACACAGAAUGGCAGCAAAGCAAAACCCAAGCCGUCAAAGGUACAUUUGACCUCACCGAAGGCCAACACUUAUACCGACCGAUUGACGGGUAUGAGGGACUUCACCGAUGGGACCCCGAUUUCACCUGGACUGAAAGCGAAGAAAAGCGCCUUAUUGAUAUCCGUGUCUGUACUUUCGCGUGCGUGACGUUCUUCGCGCUGCAGCUCGAUCGAGGAAAUAUAUCCCAGGCCCUGUCGAGCACGCUCUUGGAAGAUCUCCAUAUGAACACAAAUGACUAUAACCUGGGGCAGACAAUAUUCCUGGUGGUAUUCUUGGUGGCAGAAAUGCCCUCUCAGCUUAUUUCUAAGCGACUUGGACCCGAUCGGUGGAUUCCUAUCCAGAUGAUUCUGUGGAGUAUUAUUGCAGCUUGCCAGGCUUUUCUCAGUGGAAGAGGAUCUUUUUUUGCCUGCCGUGCCUUGCUUGGAUUAUUUGAAGGAGGAUUUAUCCCGGACACCGUUCUCUUCCUUUCUUUCUUCUACAAGUCGAAUGAGCUACCAAACAGGUUAACUUGUUUUUGGGUGUCAUAUACGGUCGCAGGUAUCAUCGGCUCAUUCCUCGCAUUUGGGUUCCUCCAUAUCAAAGAUUCCCACGGAGGCGGCUCCUGGCGCUAUCUUUUUGCCUACGAGGGCCUAAUUACCGGCGUGAUCGGGAUCAUCGCUAUAUUCUGGAUGCCAGCAUCCCCAGUCCAAACUAAAGGUGGAUUUCGUGGCAGAGAAGGGUGGUUCAAUGAGCACGAAGAGAAGAUCAUUGUAAACCGAAUUCUUCGUGACGACCCCAGCAAGGGAUCUAUGCACAAUCGGCAGCCCGUCACCCCGAGACGUCUCUGGGAGUCGUUGAAAGACUACCAUAUGUGGCCGAUCUUUCUCGUUGGGCUUAUCUGGCAACUCCCUACAACGCCAGCUAAUAGUUAUCUCACACUGCAGCUGAGAAGCGUUGGCUUCUCAACCUUUCAGACCAACCUCUUAACCAUUCCCUCGGCCGUCAUCGCGAUUAUCACCAUGAUUACUACCACGCAGCUUGCUGAGCGGACCAACCAACGUCUGCUUCUGGGCGCUUGCUGUGAACUUUGGUAUCUGGCCCUCGUCAUUGCCCUCGAGGUUCUACCCGAAAAAGCCAUGCCUUGGCCUCGUUGGGCGAUUCUUACUCUUCUUGUCGGAGGACCAAGUAUUCAUCCUGUGCUAGUUGCGUUGACCUCUCGUAAUGCGGGAUCCGUGAGGACACGAACAGUGGCUUCUGCGCUGUACAAUAUGGCCAUACAGCUCAGUGCUAUCGCAGGUUCUAAUAUCUACGUCAACGACGACAAACCUUACUACAAGCACGGAAACAAGGUUUUGAUCGCAAUGGCCGUGACAAGCUUUGUGCUUUUCAUUGCGGCCAAAUUCUUCUAUGACUGGUGGAACAGGCACUACGCAUCAAAAUGGGCGGCAAUGUCGAGCGAGCAAAGAGAGCACUAUCUCCGUGAAAACCCGGAGAUGACCAACAAGAGAUAUGAUUUUCGGUUCGCUUCUUAA